UUGAAUUUAGUUUUCUCUGUCUUGGUGAGGUAGAAACAUGUCGGAAACUGCUCCAGUUGCUCCUGCUGCUCCUGCACCUGCGGAGAAAGCACCUGUGAAGAAGAAGGCGAAGAAGACGGGUGCUGCGAAGCGCAAGACGACCGGGCCCCCGGUGUCCGAGCUGAUCACCAAGGCUGUGGCCGCUUCCAAGGAGCGCAGUGGGGUGUCGCUGGCCGCGCUCAAGAAGGCGCUAGCGGCCGCCGGCUACGACGUGGAGAAGAACAAUAGCCGCAUCAAGUUGGGGCUCAAGAGUCUGGUGAGCAAAGGCACCCUGGUGCAGACCAAGGGCACUGGCGCUUCCGGCUCCUUCAAGCUCAACAAGAAGGCGGCUUCUGGGGAGGCCAAGCCCAAGGCUAAGAAGGCGGGCGCGGCCAAGCCCAAGAAACCCGUGGGGGCCGCGAAGAAGCCCAAGAAGGCUGCGGGCUCGGCUGCCCCCAAGAAGAGCGCCAAGAAGACCCCCAAGAAGGCGAAGAAGCCCGCUGCGGCUGCUGGCACCAAGAAGGUGGCCAAGAGUCCCAAGAAGGUGAAAGCGGCCAAGUCCAAGAAGGCUGCCAAGAGCCCAGCUAAGGCCAAAGCCUCUAAACCAAAGGCUGCCAAACCGAAAGCGUCUAAGCCUAAGGUUACGAAGGCCAAGAAAGCUGCUCCUAAGAAGAAGUGAAGAUGCCAACCGAUCUUGCUUAAAAAAUCUCAACGGCUCUUUUCAGAGCCACCUAAGUUUAUCGUUCAAAAGAGCUGAACACUUAGGUAACAUUUUUCGGGGAAACAUGCCUUGGGUACUUGGCUGGUCGUUCCCUAAUUCAGAUGGUGUGAGUCCGCAUAGUUAAGCUAUUCUUACUGUGCGGAUUUGUCAGCUAGGUCGCCCUUGUUUUGGUCUUUAAGGUUUUCUGUGGGGUGGCUAGUUCCGAAUUGUGUUAGACCCUCUGAGAAAUGGCUACGUGUUCCCCUUUGUGCAGCGCCAUGGGUUAGGAGGUCGUGGGUGCGGUAUGGUGCGCGUUUGCAUCAGUGUUCUGCGUAGCUCGGCUCUGCGCCGUGAGUCGGACCUAUUGGUCGUGAUUACCCUUUGGAAGAGACUCUUCACGACGGUGGGCAGUGGGAUACUUAGGAAUAACAGCCUGGGAAGAGAUUUUGUUUUACGCGCGUCGGCAUUUUGAGCACAACUGAGCCAAUCAGAGGGAGGGAUGGUAGCCUCCGACUGUUGUCCAAGCUAUUUUCUCAUUGGUCUGCAUUGGCUGUGGAGGUAGCCAAUCCGGAUGUUCAAACUAUAUCUGGAUUUUUGUUGCAUUGGUAAGGUUUCCCCUAAGAAAAUGUUAGAUCAGUAAGAUUGAAGCAUUAACAUUGUACGCGCGUACCAGGAAGUGGCCAGAGAAGCUGAAACCCCUGCCGCUUGUCUUGGGCACCCUGGGAUCCGUGGUUAGCUCUUGCCCCGUUUCUGUUUGGUAAGUAGACAAGGGGAAACCUUAGAAGGUGGCAUGCUUUGCAAGCAAGGUAAUUACAUUGGAAUUACCAGGGCAAAGAAAAUGGGCUAUGGGAAGAGGAGUUGACUGGGACGGACUACCAUUCUGUUUGAUCUUGAUUAAUUUUUUAAAAACUUAGUUUUAUUUUUGCAAAGCAGAUUUACUCACAAAUCCUGACCACAUAAUUCUACAGAUACCUAUAGGGCUCAGUGGGAAAAAUUUACAUAUUUUUACACAGUCUUUAAGUGCAGAUUGUCAGUUCCUUCAGUUAUCUUUAGAGGUGACUAAUAACACUGGAUUUCAAAGUAUCUAUGGCGUUUUCAUCAGUAGUGUGAUGGCACAUGUUUUGUGAUCAGUAGUUAUUCAGGAGUUUCUUCAAAUGAAGUUUGCAAUCGGUAAGUCUUUCGAACUGACACGUUUCUAUUACUAAAGAAGCAAAUAUAUUGCUGUACAUGAAAUUUCUUUGAUAACUUUCAUUUUCCCCCUGUCCUUAAAAGCCACUGUUUUGAGAAGGUCUGUGGGUGUUUGCACAGACUAUAUACUGGACUUCCAAUACAUGCCCUGAAAUCUUGAGCCCCAGAAUCCUGAAAAUCCCUCCUGAUUGAAAUACCUGUUCACUGCAUUUGUUUUCUCUUUUGUUUACUUAUUCUGUAAUGCUUUAUUAAAUUUUACAUCUUACUUAAACUUUUCUAUUUUUUUUUUUUUUUUUUUUAAAAAGGGAGAGGGCUGUGGCCAGGACUGUCUUCCUAGCUCUGUUAAGCAGCAUUUUAAGUUUUUUGAACCAGUGCUGCAUCUCAAUUUUUUCUUUCUAGUGAAAGCCAGGAAACCUUUCUUUUAUGCCAGUGGCUUGGUUGGGAAGGAUAUGGGAAUCAUCAGAGAAUGGCAAAUGGCAAAUGGAAAAUAUAUUUUAAAUAAUAUAUUUGAGUCAUCCAGCAGGAAAGAGGAAGAAAUCAGGGAGGUCUUCGGUUCCGGAAUGAGAGUUAGGCUCUUACUGAGGGUGGGACAUCUCAGUCAGUAAGCACAAUCACAGUGACCAUCAGAGCUCUACUUUAGGGCUUUUAAAGCCUUACUAUAACUGUCUUAUUUGGGUCUCACUACAAAGCACUGAUAUUAGGUGUGAAUAAAAUGAUUAUUUAAUUUUUUUCUUUAUUUUUUUGGUACUGGGGAUCGAACAUAGGACCUUGAACUUGUGAGGCAGGCACGGUGCCACGGAGCUAAAUCCCCCUCCUUGAAGUGAUUAUUUUAAAGUUGAGAAAAUGCUGGGCUUAGAAAGACCUCAUGACCAGAAAUGAGCAUUUGUUGUCAGUAUAUGAAAUAGACUAGGAGUCUGUAACAUGAGCUUCUCGAUUCUUUGCUUUUUCUCAUACUACACCUGUCUCUUAAGGAAAAGUGUUGGAAUUCAGUUACUUUUUAGGCUUAUCGAACAAGAAGACAUGUCCCUAUUUGAUUUUUAGCUCAUUGUGAGCCAUUCAUUUCCCAAGCUGCAAGGAAUGCAAAGGAAGCAAUGAAGUCCACAACCUUCCAGAGCCUUACUCUGACUUAUGUCAAUUCACAUUGACGUUCCUCUGCUUUGAACAAGUACUUAUUUUCAAGGGAAAGAGAACUUUAAACAUUUUUUCGUCCAUUUCUUAUGAUUUUUCAGCAGAUAAAUUGGGUUACAGUGACUGCCAGAGGAUGGAUGAGUAAAGACUGAAGACAACAUGGAAGAUGUGAAGGACAUUUUCAUAUUCUCUCUGCUGCUGGAGAACACUUUUGUAUAGGGCAUGGGUCUGACAUAGAAGUAACUUGCAGGCACUACUUUGUUCCUUUGAUGUAGUAAUUGCCUGACUUUGUUCAACUGGUGGAGGCUGAGUUAAUGUUAAUGUGUGGAGGUCUUAAUUUUUCUGUCACUCACAGUUAAUAACUCAGGUUUCUUUUUUGGACACAGCUCCGUUAAGCAGGAUUUCAAGUUUUUUGAACCACUACUGCUUCUUAUAAUUUUUUCUGUUGCAGUUUUUCAGGCAAGGCCUUACUGUGUAGCUCAGGCUGGCCUUGAACUCACUCUGUAGGCCAGGCUGACCUUGACCCCCAGCCUUCUGAGUGCAGGGAUUACAGGCAUGCAACACCACGUCAGGCUUCAGGUUAACUUUUAAAGAAUUCUCAAUAUAUCCUAUAUUUUCUCCACACAUGCUCUUCAUCUCACAGCUGGGAUGAUUUUAUUGCUUCCUGAUCAGUUUCCUAGUUCUAGUUUCUCUAAGAGCUCCAACUACUACAUUCUAGUCAUUGUGCAAAACCAAAACCAAAAUAUACUGAUAAAAAUGGUCACUGACUCCGCAUUGCUUUUCAGUCAAGUGAAAAAUUGUGGCAUCUUUUCAUGAUUAUAUCUUUUUGCUCACAUUCACAGGCGCUAAUAACAACACAAAUUAAUCUUCGUUUCUAUUAUUAUUUCACACUCACAACUUCUUACCAGCAAUUCCCUCUGUUUUCUUCUGUGAUAAUCCUUUUGCUGCUUAGAGUUCCAUCUCAAAUUUCAUCUCCUUGAACAAAUUCCUCUAAUUUAAAUAUCUAGUUAUUAGCUGGGCAUAGUAUAAUGUACCUGUAAUUCUAGCUACUUGGGAGGCUGAGUCAGGAGGAUCUCAGUUUCCAGGCCAGUUGAGGCGAAAUAGCUAGACUCCUUCUCCUUGCACUCUUCUCCCCUCAAAGUCUAGUAAUGUCCUUUUGUGAAAUGGGGUAUAGUUAUUCCCAGCAGAACAAACUUAACGCAUGGAUUUCUAAUAACUAGGGAAUUAAUCUUUGUCUUGUUUUUCUCUACUCUGGGUGUGUAUAUGUUUAAUUGAAUUUUCAAAAUCCUCUUUACUGAAAUACAUUAUUGCCAGAUACUAAUCACAUUCAAUUAGUUUGUGUUUUCCUAUAUAAGAAGACAGUGGUAACAGAGUUCUCUGCUGUUUCCCAAGGCCUGAUUUGCAGACUAUCUUUCUGAACUUGUAAAGUAUGCCAUUCCAAAGUUUUGGGGCUACUACAAAACUCAAAAAUAUUUCUGACUUUGCAGUAAAAAAACCUCUCAAAAUAUGAAAUAUCAAUAAUUACUGUGGGCAGAUGCAGUAGGGAGAAUGUGGAGAAAUUAUGAAGUAUAAAUUUACCGAUUUUCGUAACAUACAGUUAUUGGUCAUUUACAGAUUACAUUUCUGUUAUUUAGAUUUUAUAUUCUGCAGGAGAAGAAAAAAGGUGUGAAUGCGUUCUUUGUCCAUCGUAAAGGGUCAUGGGCCAAAACCCAAACAACAAAGGACAGGUGUUACAACUUGUAUAGUGCACCCUCAAGUUAUGACUGGCCCUGACACACAAACAACUUGGCUUAUGAUCGGAAUUUCAGUUUUAACUUAUGACCAAUGUCUUGAUUUAUGACCUGAACGCUGGCCACUUGUGCUUCCAGAUGGUCUCAGAUACAGAUUUAACUCAAAGAGUUUUGGAAGGAACAUUGCAACAUCCUUUUCUUGUGUGGGAUUCAUUGAGAAAUCCUCAGCCAAUCUUUCUCUAAGGCUGCUGAGAUCUGCCUUUAUACAGGCGAGAGACUUUGAAGGCUGGGUAAAGGAGCCUGAGCCUUCAGUUGACCAAUUUGAGCUACAACCACCUCUGAUGAACAAAUUGAGUUCGUAAAUAAAGGGUCCACUGUAUCUACAUGUCCUCUCAAAGCCUCAUGCCCUCAUAGGAGGGGCUUUCUGGAAGUGGCUCAACCUAGGGUGUUUGAUAUUGGAAUUAAGGGUCUGUGGUCAUAAAUUAGUUUACUGGUUGGAAUUAUCCUAGUUCUGGGUGUGCCAGAAUGGAUUUACUGAAGACAGAAGCCAACCCUGGGUGUGGGAGGCACCACCCAAGAGGUUUAUAGCCUGUUGGGGAGAAAAGGGAAAGGCAAGUUCACUUCUGCUGCUGCUCGCCACACCAUGGACAGCUUCUCUCCUGUGAUCCCUGUCUGCCAUGCUGCCCUGCUUUGGAACCAGCUGACUGUGGACUAAAGUCUCUUCAAAUUGUGAGUUGAAAUAAACUUUUCCUCCUUUAACUUGUUGUUUUGUCCAAGCAACAAGAAAAGUAAGAGGACAAGUUAAAAAGAAAAGGAUAAUACCUUUAUCUGAUUAUAGUUUUAUUUGACAUAGUGGUUUUGGAGACAAGAUCAGAACCAAAGGUAAAAUACACAUUUUUAUGCUUAGGGAGCACGGGCAGCCAUUUAGAAAUAGUAUCGGGCAAAAUGGAUGUAAUGGAAUGAUAUUUAAAUGCAUGGGGGAAACCACAAGGUCUGCCCAGAUUUUUCUCAGCCUUUGUGUGCAGCAAUCACCUCUUUAGGGGAGGGGCAGGACUCCUGGAAUGAGAAGCUUAUGAUCUACUCUCAAGCAAGGUAGGUCAGAAAGUUUCUUUAUGGCCCACUCCAAGAUGAAGAAAGUUUGCUGGAAGAUUACAGCACUGUUUCUAGGCUUUAUGGCUUGGUUGGAGAAAAGCAGCUCUGGCUCUGUCUUCUAGUACCUGGAUUGGGAGGAGGGGGUGAAAUUCUAGUUUCUGUCAUGCCUUGGGGGGAUAACAGGGACCUGAGACAAGGAAAGAGUAAAAGGUCAGAAAGAAACUCUGAGGAUGUGUCACUUUAGGGCCUCAUUUUCUAAAUCCAAAGGUGUUUGCAAGUAGUCCUGUAAGCCUGACGUGAUUACAGAGAAUAAUCUACCAACAGGUACAUGUGAAAUAAAUGAAUCAGAUUUGUGAUAUCUGACUGGGUUUGGUGGUGCAUGCUUGUAAUCCCGUAGGUGGAGAGGCUGAGGCAGGAGGAUCAAGUACAUUUGAGGCCAGCUUGAGCUUCACAGUGAGUUAAAGGCCAGCCUGAAAUACACAGCAAGAUUGUGUCUAAAAGAAAAUUGUGUUCUCUGAAUAAAAUCACAAUUCAUAUUAUUCAUUCAUUAUUUUGUUGUUAUUUGUUUUUUGAUCCAGGGUCUCACUCUGUUGGCCAGGCUGGCCCUGAACUUGCAAUGACUAUAUUGUCUCAGCCUCCUAAGUGUUGGGAUUAUAGGUGUUGUCAUGACACAAGACAUUUAAAAUUAAAAGCAUAAAAUUCUUGUGUGUGUGUUUGUGCAUAUGUGGUUAACUCGUCAAGAUUAUUAAUUGGUCAAAAGUUUGAGCCCAACCUGAGCAAUUUAGAGAGUUGAGAGACCUUGUCUCAAAGUAAAAAGUAAAAGAGGUAGGGCUAUGGCUAGUGUGAAGGACCUGGAUUAAAUCCCUAAUAACACAAGCACACACAUUAUUAAUUGAAUGCCAGGCAAAGGCCAAGCCUUAUCUGUGUUAAUGUUAUACUUUUAUAUAUGUGAAUCGAUGACAUUUCUGUAGCAUUUUCUACAACUGCAGUGCAAUACAAUUUACCAACAGAGCUGGUUGGAGUGGCAUGGGCCUGUAAUCCCAGAACUCUGGGAGGCAAGAGGGUGGCAAUUUAAGGCCAGCAUGGGCAACCUAGUGUUUUAGCUGAAAAAACAAAAGAAAAGUCUGGGGAUGUAGCUUAGUGUGAAGGCCUUGGCUUCAAUCCCCAGUAACACCUACUCCCUGGCCCCCAGAGAUUUUUUCAGUAUGAAAAGAUUUAAAAAUUCUACCAAUAAAACUAUGUCAACUUUCCUGAGACACUGUCUUAGUUACUUUUCUCAUUAUUCAGAUAAAAUACUGAACCGUAAAGCUAUAAGAGGAAAGGUUUAUUUAGCUCACAGUUGGUAGAGGUUUUAGUUCAUAUUUGGCUGGCUCUAAAGCAGGGUGGCAUGGAAAAAAGGGCCAUCACAGAGCAGGCAGGCAGAAGGCAGCAAGCAGCAAGUGAGUGAGAAGCAAUCUGUGAUAAUCACUUUUCUGUCCCUUAUAUCUAAUCCAGGCUAUCCACCCUUAGGAUGGGUAGCACUCACACCCUUAAUCCUAGCAUCGCAUGCCUGAUCCCAUCAUCACCCACCCUAGGUCCAGCCACCUCAAAAAAAGCCCCACCUAUGUCUUCAUGAGGCUUUGGGGGGAACAUCUAGAUACAAGUCAUAACAGGCACCUCAAAUGCUAAAGCUAUCAGGGGUAGCUGAUCAUAGUUAUGCUGAUGUUGUUUGGUAAAAUUUCAAGCUUAAUGUGAAAAUUAUUGGCUCUACCACAUUUCUGAAGCUUUCUUGUCAGUUUUAUACUGGUAGAAUGACAAUUAUGUCUUUGAUAAAUACAUAGUAAGUAAUAAUUUUUAUUUUUAGUGGCAUCAUAAAGGACUUCUGGCCCAUUGCAGCCAGUUAAUAAAUGUUGAUAAUUUUUAUUUAGGAUAGGAAAACUACAUAUUAAAAUUAUAUAAACUCCAUCUUUCAUUUCUAUUAACAGGACUGCACUGAAUGAUAACUUCUGUGUGUUCAUUAAUCUUUUACUUUGGGGCUGGGGAUGCAGCUCAGUGGUGGUGCGCCUAACUGGCAAGUGCAAGGUCCUGAGUUCGAUUCCUGGUACCAAAAAACAGAAACAAAAACAAAAAACAAAGCCCUUUAAUUUUAAAUGUCAGUUUGAUUAAAGCUUCCCUUUGUGUUUGUGUUAAGCACAGGGCCAUGCUGGAUGUUCUGAUGGAUUUCAUGACUUAAGGUGAUUUCUGUCUUCACUACUUCAAGUCUUAAAGUCCAACAGCUGUCAGACAGAACCAUAGGUUACAAAGGUGCAGUGCUAGAAUCUGGAAAUAGGACUGUGCUCACAAGUAUGCAGGAAAAUGCAUUCAACUAUGGAAUUCUUUCAUUUGACAUGAUAGGGAAUCACUGUAUAACAAACACUUAUGACUAGUUAUUUUAUUCACCAUUAAGCUUUUUUCCAGAUGGAUUUAGUUCUCCAGUUCACAAUACCCAAGUCUUAUUGUCUGCCUCCCCCAUCACUAUGGUUAACUUGCCUUUUGUAUCACUUUGAGACACAUUCAUUAUUAACUUUACUACCCAAUUAACUUCUUUCCUUAGUGAUACUUGUUGGGAAACAGCAUUUCAUAAUAAAAUUUUUUGAUAUUAUUUCAAUUAUUUUGGAGUUUUACAAUUUUAAAAAACUUUUAACCUUUUAAGCACAAUUAAAGAUACCUCAUAGAUUUGCUAAAUGUUUAGACAAAAAGUCUUCGAAGAACAGUUUCUCACAUAGUAAACAUUCUCCUACAUUUCCAAACCAGAGCCAGACACUCAGUUCCUGAUUUAUUUAGCUAUCUGUUCAGAAACGAUGAGGAAUGUUUCUUCCAGGGAAAGGACAUGUUAUAAGGUGUCACCAUAAUGGUGCUUUUGUAUGAGUGAAAAGCACAGAGUAUUUCUUGCCAGAGAGUGUUCCAGUGGUGUUCAGGAUUUUUGUGUCUUAGUGAUAACUAUGGGGUAUUUUGAUAAGAUUUGAUCAAGAGAGUAGGACUUAUUUAGGAAAGCUUAAAAGUUCCUUUUGAGGAUGUCAGUUGAAAAGUUGGAAAGGCUCAGCGUUUCUGUUGAACUCACAUUCAGAGGUUUGUCUGAGACUGUUAUUUGUUCCUUCAGUCUUUGCCGAUUAAACCUGAAUACAGGCCAACAGAAUCUGUGUCCUUCGUAAUCCACCUAAUAACAAGCUAAGCCUUGGCCCAUCAGGAGCUCAGUGAUGUGUGCGAGACCUGGCACAAGAGGGUGCUGGCAAGCCUGGAAUGUUGGAGCAUGCUUCUAGUUCCAGCACCUAGGAAGUUGGGGCAGAACAUGUUCAGUAGAGGCAGUAGGAUUACAGGUUGGAGCUCAUUCUGGGCAACUUACUGAUUUACUUAAGACUGUCUUAAAAAUGUAUAUAUAGCUCAAAGCAAAGGCCCAGGGUUCUGUCCUAGUAAGGGGGUAUAAAUCCUGGCAGGUCCCAGCAACAAACUGGACUAUAACACCCAGUGAACAAGAAAACCCUGCUGUGGACCAAGAGCCUUGGGUCUUUGUACUCUACAAGCUUCCUGCAAAUCCAAGCCUUUUCAGCGUUGACACACCAUUAAGUGGCUGGCCAUAAACUGCUAAAAGGGAAGGGGAUGGGUGAAACCAGGGUGAUCGAAAACUAAGAUUAACCAGUUGAGACUAGAUUAAAAGGCUGCUUGGGAGUGGCAAUUUAUGAAAGCUAAUGGGAAAACGUGUUCAUCCAUUGAGGAGUUAAAAGCUUACUUCCAAAGCUACCCCCAACCUUUAAAGACAGAGUAAAUAAACCUCACUUGUUAAAUUAUUCACUAGCAGAA